CCCCCUUUCGGCCAGGGUAGAUGCGAUAAGAGGGCCGGCGGCGACGGCAGGAGAGCCUUCCCGGGCGCGCCACCAUGUCCAUGCUGCCCACUUUUGGCUUCACCCAGGAGCAAGUGGCUUGCGUGUGCGAGGUGCUCCAGCAAGGCGGGAACAUCGAGAGGCUGGGCCGCUUCCUCUGGUCGCUGCCGGCUUGCGAGCACCUCCACAAGAACGAGAGCGUCCUGAAGGCCAAGGCCGUGGUGGCUUUCCACCGGGGCAACUUCCGCGAGCUCUACAAGAUCCUGGAGAGCCACCAGUUCUCGGCGCACAACCACCCCAAGCUGCAGCAGCUGUGGCUCAAGGCGCACUACAUCGAGGCCGAGAAGCUGCGGGGGCGACCCCUAGGGGCAGUCGGCAAGUACCGGGUCCGCCGCAAGUUCCCCUUGCCCCGCUCCAUCUGGGAUGGCGAGGAGACCAGCUACUGCUUCAAGGAGAAGAGCCGGAGCGUCCUGCGGGAAUGGUACGCCCAUAACCCUUAUCCGUCCCCCAGGGAGAAGCGGGAACUGGCCGAGGCCACCGGGCUCACCACCACCCAAGUCAGCAACUGGUUCAAAAACCGGAGGCAGCGGGACCGGGCGGCGGAAGCCAAAGAAAGGUACGAGGAAAACAAUGAAAAUUCCAGUUCCAAUGGCCACAAUCCGCUUUCUUCCUCUCUCAAUGGCAAUAAGACAGUUUUGGGCAGUUCCGAAGAUGAGAAAACACCUUCCGGCACCCCGGACCAUCAUUCCUCCUCCAGCCCUGCCUUACUUCUCAAUUCAAACCCAGGCUUACAGCCUCUCCAUAACCUGGGCCAUCCUCAGGGUCCUAGUGCCAUUCCAGUUCCCAGCGCGGACCCUCUGCAUCAUCACAGUUUGCAAGACUCCAUCCUCAACUCCAUGUCUUCAAAUCUGGUUGACCUCGGCUCUUAAAAAUAUUUGUUGAACCUACCAUGCUCCCUGAACCCAGGCUCUCUCCAUCUGGGUUGUCCUCUUCUUUUUUUCCUCCCCCCCCCCACACUUAAUUCCUCUGCUCCACAAACCAAGGAUCUGAAACCUUGGAAGGAUCUAUAAAACAGAUCCGUUGUUUCACUUUGGAUCAAUUGCCGAGCAGCUGACUGACUGGUGCAUACUAUAAAUUCAGAAACACUGUAAGCUGCUCAGUGACUUAAAUCUUAAGAGGAUGUGGUGAAACUCACUGCAGAAAAGUGGAGGACAAACAUUACUGUAGGAUGGAGGAAGUGAAGGAGGGGUGGGAUGGUGGUUGGUGUAAAAGUUGUUUCUUUGACAGAAUGAAGGCCGGGAGUCUCAGCCCACACAACCUCUUGUACGGGAGAUCCGAUCCAAAGUUGGAUUUCAACUUCUUAACAUGCCUCUGUAAAUGUGCCUCAACCUGAUCUGCAGGGAUCAAUUCACGAAGCUGUUGAGAACUGAAGAGCUGAAGCCAAAGCUCCAUCAAUUUCAGCAGGAUAUUGGGAAGCAAUACUUCUCCCCUAUGGUUGCUCCCACCACCACCUGGCACCCCAUGGUAUAUUGCUUCUAAAUCUGGAGGCUUUAGUAACUUGACAACACUGAUAGUUUUAUCUGCCAUGAAUUUGUCAGACCUUAAAUCCAUUUUUAUUUUUUCUUGCUUGUGGCAGCAAUCACUUGCCCAUGUAAUCGCAGAAAUGUUAAUGAAAGACUCUUGUCUAAAGCAGACACUUCUUCCCAGCCAGGCUGAGUGCAGGCUGCUGGGAUUUCUAACUCAGUGACAUCUGGAGGGAGGCCACGGGGACGCCAUGCUACUUUCAUCAGAUGCAGAGGCUGCUUGACAAGUUGAUGGUUCCAUUAGAUUUACAGUGUACUGCAGUUGGAAGUAAGGAAACCAUUGGGACUCUUUUGCAAAGAAUGGGAUUAUUUGCUUAUUUCCAGGAUCAGAGUGAUAGGGCAACAUUUUGUUUUUCUCCCAGAGCCGAUCUGUCUCCUUUUUUGAGAAUUCAUCUAGUUUGUGCACAGCAGUCUAUGAAAUGCCUUUCCUUGUAGGCCAGAAUCAAAGGGCCUAAUAGAGAAAAGCAAGAGUAUAACAUGGUGCAGUGGUUAGAGUAGAAGACUAGGACAGGGGGGGUCAGGUUCAGAUCUUCAGUCAGGCAUGAAGCGCACUGGAUAACUUUGGGGCAGUCACACUCUCUUAGCCAGCCUACCUCACCAGGUUGUUGUGAGGGUAACAUUGGAGGGGGAGUAUCCUAUAUGCUCCUUUUGAGUGUUUUGGUGACAAAUGAGAUAUAAAUGGUAUAGAGAAGCCACACCUCUUAACUUAUUUGAAGAGAAAAAAACAUUUGUGAUCAUUGUAUAUGCCAAUGCUAGCUAUUCAAACGCUGUAAUAGCCACCAGUUUGUAAAAAGCUCCUGGCUUCUAAGCAUGACCUCCUCCAGAUAAUAUUACCCUCCCUUGUAAGCUGAUGCUAUGCAAAGCACCUGAUUGAAGGAAAGAGGAAAAUGGGCUUCUUUUGCCUUGUAUAUUUCCCUACUGCCACCCACCCACCCAAACUUUUAGGUGGGGAGGACAAAGCAACGUCCACAGAUCACUCAAGCCAGAUACCUUGCCUCCACCUGAUCCAGUAGCUACAAAGGUGAACCUGGGUGAGCUGCUUGACACUACAAACAUCUUCCGCCUCAGUUCUUUCAUCUGCAAAAUGGGAACAAGGGCGAGUUUCCCCAGAAGGUUCCUGGUGAGGCAACUGGACAGCGUUUUGCACAUUUAACUUUGAGAGAGCCUCUAUCGCUCAUUAUUUUUAAUGCUAUCAAUAGUGUUUCCCCCUGAAGCCUGUGGGGCCAACCUACGUCAAGGUGCUUUAUUAUCCAGUCUUAGGCGAGCCCUGGAUUUCCUCCUGGGUGUAAUUCACGCAGACCCCAGGACAUCCCUUCAAACCAAGCAAGGCGGACAGCGAGCCUGAUGACAGCCGUCUCUCUCCGGGGCUCUAGAAGCCGCCGCCGCCGCCGCCGCCCUCAACCACCAAAUGCAAGGACGGUUCCUUAGCCAGCCAGGCUCCCUCCAAUUUUGUGUAUUGUUUCUAUCCUGUGAAAACCGCCUUUGGAAAGAUAGUUCUGCUUCUAUUUUAUAAUAAAAGCGAGACAUCCAGCACAGUGAUGCGAGAAGUGGGGAAGGGCUUUCGUUUUUAGCCAGCCGUCGGCGCUCUGGGUUCGGAUUUUCUCGGUGUUUUUAAAACAAGUCAAUAACCGAGAGCCAAUCGCGUCGGGCAGCAGAGCCGGGCAGGGCUCUGGGGAAAGAUGGUCGCAAGAAGUGGCGAAACACAACAGCCAGAGUGUGCGCGGGGCGUGGCAAAAAAUCGCCCGCGUUUCCGCACCUCAAAAAACAAAAACAACAAAAAAAAAAACCUUCGAUCAGGCUGCCGCCUCUACCACCAUCCGUCUUUUUUGACCACCCUCUGCCCCGCUCCCCUGACAGAGGCAGCAACCUUCAGUGGCAGGGCCAUCUUUCCUAGAAUUUUUCAAGGAAAAUGAAAGAGUUUUCCCGAGGAAACGGACCCGCAUCGUUUAGGAAACGGAAGUUUCCCCAAAUGGGGCGGGAAGAGGGCUUGGCUCUUUUUCCUGGGUUACCUCAGGUCGCUGCAUAAGCCAUUUUGUUCUAGGCAGUUCACAAGUUGAAACUCUCCGCAACCCCACUGGUCACCAGAUCUGCUUCCUUCCAAAUUGCAAAGCAGAGGCUUCCCUUCUGUGCUUUUUUUUUUUUUUUUUUGCAAAUCCCAGUAAUUUAAUGCUCAGUUUUAAUCCCAGUUUUAAUGCUCAGGGUCCUAGUCCUCUUUGAGCAGGAGGGAAGGUGAACUUUCUCUCCUCCUCCCUCCCCCCGAAAAAAACCCUAUUUUCUAACAUUUCUCUUGAAAUUCCUGAAAGACAGAAAAAAUGAUGGAGACAGUGUUGCACCUAGAGAGAGAGAGAAGAGAAAAUGGGACUGAAGGUGUAAAUUCCAAUGGGGGGGGGAAAUCAGUGAGAAAUAUUUGAAGGAAAAAGUGGUCCAGGACAGAAAGGUGGGGAGAGAAGAAAAGAGAAGGGUAUCAGGGUCCAGAGAACUAGCCAAUUUAGGUAGUGAAAAGUUCCAGUGGUUGCUCCUGCUAAAUUGGAUACUGGAGUCCAGAGACCAGUUCAACCUGAGAGUUAUGAGAGUUAAAUGAAUAGUAGCUUCUUCAAGAUCCAGUGAUUUCAUGGAACCAUCUAUGAAGUUUUCUUGACAAUACAAAAGUAAUUCACAGCUUCUUCCAUGAUAUUUUCUCCAUUUUAGUAUCUCCCCCCACCACCCUUCCCAGAUUACAGCCCCAAGAUUUCCUAAUGAUUUCUAUCCAAGUAGCAAGCCAGUUUGGUGUAGUAGUUAAGGUACUGGCCUAAAAACCAGGAGGUGUGGGUUCUAUUCUCACUUUAGGCAUGAAAAACCAGCUGGGUGACUUUAGUCCAGUUACUCUCUCUUAGCCCAAUUCAUCUCACAGGAUUGUUGUUGUGGGGAAAACAGGAGAGAAAGGAGUAUUAUGUAUGUUUGCUUCCUUGAGCUACUUCUAAAGUAAUAAAGGCAGGAUAAAAAUCUAAUAAAUAAAAAAUAAAUAC